CUUCAGACCACCCUUUGUCUCUCGUUCGCGAGUCCAAUUAUUCGGACCGCGUAAUUUUUUGUAUAGAGUUCUGAGCAGUUCCAUAUAGCAUUUUGUAUUUGCACGUCCGAGCGUUCCAGCAUGGCCUCAAGAGAUGCCCUUCGCGUGCUUCGAGCCUUAAGCAGAAAUCCCGCAAGACCAACGUACAGGAGGGCCUUAUUGUGUCGCGGAUGCUUGCGAGCCUUCCACGCGCAGUCGAGGACAAGAGCUGGGAAUGUAAGAAUACUGGUGGCCCACGCCAGUUGGGCGAGCCCUUGUGUUGGUACAGGCGCGAGAGGCCUAGCGACCGUGGUGGCAGAUACAAAGUCCAGGAACAAAACGCAUGGCCCUCUAGAAGAAUACGACGAACGCGUACAAUCUGGCCGACUCCGCAAUGACGAGCAUCAGCGACAAAUUAUAGAAGACCUCCAAGACUUACACGACCGACUAGCUCAAUACACGCCACCCACCGUAGUUCAACCCACUAUUGAAUCACUACAGCCCCGGAAAAAGUCGCUCUUUGGUUCUCUGUUUGGAGGCAAAGGGAAGGAAAAGGAGACGACCAAGAUACCUGAAAAUUUACCCAAGGGCAUCUACAUGUAUGGCGAUGUUGGGUCUGGCAAGACCAUGAUGAUGGACCUUUUUUUCGAGACCCUCCCGCCUAAUAUCAAAUCGAAGACACGCAUUCAUUUCCACAAUUUUAUGCAAGAAGUCCAUAAAGAUCUGCAUAAGAUGAAAGUGAAGUACGGCAACGACUUCGACGCAAUCCCAUUCGUCGCGGCUGAUAUUGCAAGCCGAAGCAGCGUGUUGUGCUUUGAUGAGUUUCAGUGCACAGACGUGGCGGAUGCGAUGAUUCUCAGGAGACUAUGCGAGUCGCUUAUGAGCCACGGCGUUGUCAUGGUUACGACGAGCAAUCGGCACCCCGACGACCUGUACAAGAAUGGCAUUCAGAGAGAGUCUUUCAUCCCGUGUAUCAAUCUGCUCAAGGAGAAACUCCGGGUCAUCAACCUGGACUCUGAAACCGACUACCGCAAGAUCCCGCGGCCACCUUCAGGCGUUUACCACCACCCUUUGGACAACUCUGCCAAGACGCACGCGGACAAGUGGUUCAAGUAUCUGGGCGAUUUUGAAAACGACCCUCCACAUCCUGCUACGCACACGGUGUGGGGCCGAGAGAUCGAGGUCCCGCUUGCAAGCGGCAAGGCUGCACGGUUCACAUUCCAACAGCUCAUUGGAAGGGCGACGGGCGCGGCGGACUAUCUAGAAUUAAUGCGCAGCUACGACGCCUUUAUCGUAACGGAUGUUCCAGGCAUGGACCACAAGAGCCGCGACUGGGCACGCAGAUUCAUCACCUUCAUCGAUGCUGUGUACGAAUCGAGGGCCAAGCUCGUAAUGACCUCCGCAGUGCCCCUGCAGAAUCUCUUCCUUUCUAAGUCUGAGGUCGCAGAAGCAGUCUCGACCUCUCAGAGCAAGGGCGACAUACCUUCCAAUGACGAGCAUCAUGACGUGUCGGAUGCGAUGCGCAGUCUCAUGGAUGACUUGGGCAUGAAUAUGACGAUGCUGAAGAACUCUAGCAUUUUCACAGGCGACGAAGAGCGGUUUGCAUUUGCGCGCGCACUUAGCCGGCUGAGCGAGAUGGGGAGCAAAGAGUGGGUAGAGAGGGGACUGGGCAUGCAGAGCAAAGGUGGGAAGGCCGAGGCCGACAGUUGGAGUAAGGUGAGGAGCAAAUGGCGGGAGGACAGCUUGUAGACUUGUGCGAGAUAUGCUAAAGAUUUGACUGCGAGAUACCCAAGCAGGCGCGUAUAUAGAUGAGAUUUUGGCGCCUGUUGCACUUCUUGACAUCGUGAUUGACAGCUUCGCAACAACUUUUGUGGUUAGACGAUGACAACUGUAAACGUCUCCAAUAAAUUUGAAGUGCAAACAAAAAUGUUACAUGUUGGCAUGCAUCAAGAAUCUGGCGCAGCAUGUUCAAUCAUUC